AUGCAAGCCAUUAAAUGUGUAGUUGUCGGUGAUGGUGCUGUCGGAAAAACCUGUUUACUCAUCAGCUACACGACAAAUGCUUUCCCCGGUGAGUACGUCCCAACCGUUUUCGAUAACUACUCUGCUAACGUAAUGGUUGACCGGAAACCUGUGAACCUUGGUUUGUGGGAUACAGCCGGUCAGGAGGAUUACGACAGACUAAGACCACUCUCAUAUCCACAAACUGAUGUGUUUUUGUUGUGCUUCUCCUUGGUCAGUCGCACGUCAUUCGAGAAUGUCCGUAGUAAAUGGUAUCCGGAGAUAUCCGCCCACGUUCCAAAUGCUCCCAUUAUUCUUGUCGGAACAAAACGGGAUCUUCGAGAUAGUCCCAACGGCCUAAAAUCUACUACGUUACCCGUAACCUAUUCGGAGGGUUGCAGAAUGGCAAGAGAAAUUAAAGCUGUGAAGUAUCUGGAAUGCUCUGCUUUGACUCAGUUCGGAUUAAAAGAUGUCUUUGACGAAGCUAUUCGAGCAGUACUCAUGCCUGAAGGAAAGAAAAAGAAACAUAGUUCAUGUGAAUUAGUUUAA